AUGAGUAUUACUCCGCAACUCAAUUUCCCGCAGGGGAUGCUAGCUGGCCAAACUGCUAUAAUUACUGGCGCAGCUCAAGGUAUAGGCGCCGAGACCGCCGUGAUUCUAGCACGGGAGGGGUGUAAGAUAGUCAUCGCAGACUUAGAUGCCGAAAAGGCUAGAAAAACCGCUGAAACCAUCAAUUCAAGCGGAGGAUCUGCAAUUGUCGUUGCUGGAGACAUCACCAAUAACGAAUACCUUAUUCAUCUUGUCCAAAGGACUGUUGAGUUUGGCGAGGGGAAAAUUCAUAUAAUCAUUAAUAAUGCAGGAUACGCGUGGGAUAGCCCAAUUGAAAAUAUUCAGGACAAACAAUGGGAAACUAUCAUUUCCCUCCACAACACCGCACCAUUCAAACUCAUCAGGGCAGCAGCGCCAUAUUUCAUGCUUAAGGACAGUGAACCGAGAUCAAUUGUCAAUAUCUCAUCCACAUCUGGUAUAUAUGGUAACGCAGGACAGGCGAGCUAUGCGCUGGCCAAGGCGGGAUUGGUCGGACUUACUAAAACGCUGGCCCAUGAAUGGGGACCUGAAUAUGGUGUGAGAGUCAACACUGUGGCUUUUGGGGCGAUCAAAACCAGGCUCACACAGGCCCCUAAAGGGGAGUUUGUUGUAAGGCCAGAUGGUACAAAGCAUGCUGUGGGAUUCAAAGGUGGUUACGAUGAAGAGGAUAAAUGGGUAGGGGAUAUCCCCCUCCGACGAAUUGGAUCCCCGACAGACGCUGGACGGGCGAUACUGGCCGUGGUAUCGCCACUUUUCUCCUACGUGACUGGACAAGUCGCCGGCGGCAGGGGUGGGAUGUAG